AUGAACGGAGAAAAGUACUACACCCUCGCCGAAAUUAACCAGCAGCUCGAGUCCCGCAAGGGCUGGGAGCGCCGCCGCUAUGAAUGGGAAUUGUCUCUGAUCGACUUUGUCGCUCGAAACGUGGCCGACGAGCCUCUCCGCGAAACCCUAGCCAUGCCUCCGGACAUGCGGGACGAAGAAGGUUUCGUUGACGAUGAAAUGCAUGUCUGGGGAUGGGUGCCUUGUGGCUACAAGGGGAUAGAAGUUACCCAAGAAUUCGCGAAAGAGGUUCUUGCGGAUGCGGUGCUGGUGAUGCUGAAUGAGCGGUUGAAGAAAUUGAAGAAUUAUGUUGGCCUGUAUUAUGGAGGUGUGGAGGAUGGCUAUCAACGCAUAUACAUCAAUUACGUUGAAGAAGAGCCUGAGCUUCCGGAUCAUCUCAAAGACCUUCCAGUCCUCAAGAUGCAGAAGUGGGACCCGUCGAUAAAGAUCAAGUCGAAUUUCGGAAAAUCGUACCUGUAG